AUGAGCUCUCAGCAGUUCCCCCGACACGGGCUGCCUGCUUCCAGCGGGGGGGCAUCUCAGCUUCCUGCCGCUGCAAACCUAGCGCCUGUCAGCCAGCCGUCUCAUGCUCCAGCUAGUGGAAAUGGAGACAGCAGUCGGGAUGCUGAUCAUGCUCAGCAGGACCACCCACCUUCCACGGGUGGGGCUACUCUGACUUUCAGAGAUGACAAGCAGGAGACCAUGGUGGUCAGACCUUACCCACAAGUCCAGACACACGGUCAGCCACAAACUGCUCCUCAAACGGUGUCCAUCCAACCAGGGACACCUGUGCCUGUCCCAGCCCCGACUGUCCACCUUCCACAGGGCCAGCCUGCUGUCCUCACCGAGGGACAAGUGAAGGCUGUCCUGAAAUCACCAAUGCCAAGUCGUCUCAUUGCCCCGGCACCAGCUUCCAACCAGGCUCAUAUACCCAAGGUGGUAGAAAGCACCAUGCCCACCACCCCCUCCAUCCCUGUGGCGACUAUCAGUGGGCAGCAGGGUCACUCCAGCAACUUACACCACCUUAUGCCCGCUAACAUUCACAUCAUCAGAGGGCAAAUCAGUGCCCCCACCGUCCCACCUCAGACCUUUACAUCUCAUUUGCCUCGAGGGGCCGUUGCAGCAGCUGCUAUGUCCAGCUCCAAAACAGUCUUGCGACCAGCCACUGGAGCGAGUGCAGGCCCUGGCCCGCCCACGGUGCAGCACAUAAUUCACCAGACCAUCCAGUCCCGCCCUGCUGUAACGACCUCUACUGCUGUGCUCCCGACUGUGGUGGCCCCAAUCUCAGCCACCAGAACUCAGUCCCCUGUUAUCAGCCCGACUGUCACUCACUCUGAGGUCACGCAUGGGCGUACAGCUCUGACCAUUCACCCCCCUCCUGCUGCUGUCAGUAUUCAGAGGCCUCAGACGGCCCGUGACACUGCCACACGGAUCACUUUGCCAUCGCACCCUGCCAUUGGGACUCAAAAAGCCCAGCCUCCACACACCAUGGCACAGAAACCCAUGUUUAGUACUGUGACUCCUGCUGCAACUGUGGCACCAAUUGUUGCCACCAACACUGUGCCAUCAACAACUACAAUCGGUACUGUGCCUCAUACCCAAAUGAGCAGUAGCACUAUUGUCACCAUGACAAUGGCGUCACACUCGUCCCAUGCUACAGCUGUGACCACCUCCACUAUCCCUGUUGCUAAAGUGGUCCCGCAGCCUAUCGCCCAUUCUUCAUCUCGCGUUCAGCCUGACUACCCAGCAGAAAGACCCAAUCUCAUCCCUAUCCCAGGCCACAGGUCAUCUCCUAACCCCGUUGCCAUGGAAACCAGAAGUGACAACAGGCCCCCUGUACCAGUUCAGUUUCAGUAUUUCCUGCCGGCGUACUCCUCCUCAUAUCCCCUGACGCACACCUACACCCCCAUCAGCAGCUCUGUCUCCACCAUCCGCCAGUAUCCAGUGACCCCUCAAGCUCCAAGUUCAGCACUGCCCACUCAGACGGGAGUGGGCGUCGCUACCACGGUCCACCUUAAUCACAUGCAGCUGAUGGCUGUGGACCGCAUUGGUCUCCCCUCUGCACAAAUCAGCACCCAGGGGAUCCAGCCAGCACCAAUUGCAGCACAGGGCAUACAGCCUGCUCAGAUUGGAGUUCAGAGCCUGCACACAUCUGCAUCAAUUACCACACAAGGAAUACAGCAGGCACCAAAUGUCACACAGCAGCAGCAACAACCACAGUCUGAAGCAAAACCUGGAGUUGUACUGGCUGAUGGCUUUGUAGCGAGUCCCAUUAGCAGCACUUUUGGCACGACCCAGCCAGUAGCUACCAUGGUGCAGGCCCACGCUCAGGGAGGAGUAGGAGGAGCUCCCACUCUGGUUUCCUCCCCACGACCCAGCAUCCUUCGCAAAAAGCCUGCAAAUGAAAGUUGUGUUCGUAAGAACCUCAUCCCCGCUCAGCCAAGUGAGUCCACCAGUGGCAGAAUAGAGAGCAGUGUCAGAGGGUCUGGAUCUCCUCGGCCUGCAGGAGUAAAACCUAAAGUCGAUGUGCACAUGGCAGUGGCCCCUCCAGUCAUGGCUACAAUUGAAGCAUUGCCAGUGCAGGGAGGGGAGCAGCAGGGGGUGGCCUCCAACCCCCAGCACCUGGCUCAGGCCAUCCCCACCAUGCUUGCCACACCUGGUCCUGUGCCUCCCUGCCAGCCUUCUACUGUUCUUUCAUCCCUGCCCGCAGCCAUGGCUGUAACCCCCCCUGUUCCUGCCUCAAUGGCCAACACUGUGGCCUCCCCCACCCAGCCUGCAGCCAGUAGCACUGCUGCAUGUGCUGCCAGUUCCACCUGCCCCGAUGUCAAAAUCAAACAAGAAGUAGAGUCCAUAGAUACCUCCCUGCCAGACUCCAGUGUGAGUAUGUCGUCAGCGCCUGCGCUCACCACCCAGGCCAACACACUGACCACUCCCGCAACAGGAGAUCUGAUUCCUGGGGCUUCGCCGAGGAAGAAACCCCGCAAACAGCAGCACAUUAUUUCAACUGAGGAGAGCGAGAUGAUGGAAACCAACAGCACAGACGAAGAGAAGGCCCCAGGCAGACCCAUCACCAGCAGGGCGGAGAGACGGGAGUCCCCACCAAGGGAAUACGUUGAUGAAGAAGGCGUUCGAUAUGUGCCCGUCAGGCCUCGUCCACCCAUCACACUUUUGCGGCACUACCGUAACCCCUGGAAGGCUGCCUACCAUCACUUUCAGAGGUACAGCGACAUUCGGGUCAAAGAGGAAAAGAAGUGCACCUUACAGGAUAUGGCCAACCAGAGGGGCGUAGCCUGCAGAGCACAAGGCUGGAAGAUUCACUUGUGUGCUGCGCAGCUCCGACAGUUGACAAGUUUGGAACACGAUGUAUACAGCCGCCUCUCCACCCUCCAAGAAGGCCUUAUUCCCAAGAAGAGGGCAGGCGCAGACGAUGACCUUCACCGAAUCAACGAGCUCAUACAGGGUAACAUGCAGCGCUGCAAGCUGGUGAUGGAUCAGGUGACCGAGGCCAGGGACACUAUGAUGAAAGUGCUCGACCACAAGGACAAAGUGCUGAAGCUGCUCAACAAGAACGGCACUGUCAAGAAGUCCUCCAAACUGAAGCGUAAAGAACGUGCGUAAGCGUGACUCUUGUCCCUGGACAGCCCCUUCUGUCCCCUCAGACAGGGACAAGGAGCUGCUCUGAACUUUGGUGCUAUGAUUUGCUGCAUACAAUCACACGCACCCUUCUGAACUGCCUCAGAGUGGACAGAAAGAAGCCACGAGGAGGGUUCAACAAGCAGAAGAGCCAAUGUGAAGAACGUUCUCGUUAAUAAUACAAUGGACACGCAGAGCGUAAAACAUCUUUGUGUGUGCGGCCAACUGGACGACAUGUUUCCUCCCUUUCUUUGUAGAUCUGAGGCCAUUUUUAUUACUUAGUUUCUGAUUCUUCUUCUAUGACCGUUGGAAGGUGUAUUGUGAUGAUCGGCAUGCAGCUGCCGCAAAUCUGACUCAGCAUUUCCUGUCAGAAUAUUUUGAGUUAAUGUGAAUGACCUAA